GAAAAGGGACUUCAUCUUCUUCAUUGAGAGAGAGAGAGAGAUGGAGCUUCCCUUUGAGUUAAUAAAGAAGUUUUCUGGAAAUGGAGAGAAGAAGAUGGGAAUAGGAGGAGGAACAGAAGCGUUUCCAGGGCUGGGAGCGCAUUGUUCAUACGAGGAUUGCUAUCAGCUUGAUUUCUUGCCUUUCAAUUGUGAUGGAUGUCAAAAGGUGUUCUGCCUGGAACACAGGACAUACAAAGGGCAUGACUGUCCAAAAGCAGAGCAAAAAAGCAGAAUUGUCGUCGUCUGUGAGGCAUGCACUGUGUCAAUAGAGAAGAAGACGGGUGAAAAAGAUGAAGCCAUCCUAGAACGGCAUCGAAAGGCCAGGGAAUGCGACAUUACCAAGAAGCAAAAGCCUAAGUGCCCGGUAAAACGCUGCAAGGAUAUUUUGACCUUCUCCAACAACAGCACCUGCAAGUCCUGCAAUCUCAAAGUUUGUUUGAAACACAGGUUUCCUAAUGAUCAUCAAUGCAAGGGCUCACCUGUUCACUUCUCAAUUAGGACCAGUACCGAUUGCAGAGACAAGAAGAAUAGAUCACCAUCUUCUUCUUCAUCAAUUAUUGAAAUUUACUAAUUUGAUCUGACAUUGAUUUGUGUAUUUAUUCAUUCACUGCGCUGUAAAUCAAAUUAGUUACAAAUGUUUAUUUCUUAUCAUUAGUUUGGAAAUUUAAACUGAUUACACA